UGCAAAAGAGGUGAAUUGAUAAUGGCUUCAGAACAUGGAGCUAACAAACGGCGUCAUAACCCAGUGGACAGUAUACGCAGAAAGAUCAAAUCUAAUCAAAUGAUGGACCAAGUCUCUAAUCCUGCUUUGCAGAUACCAAAAUUUCAGUCCCAGAACUUUGACAGUCCACAGUACAAUAUAAAAAAAAAUCUAGAAGAAAUACUGAAGAAAAGAACUUUGAGAAGUCAUGGUAGUACAGGUCCACACUUAAUCAGUCCCAGGAGUGAUGGUGUUUUCUCUUCAGACUUUGAGUUGUUGUCACCUUGUUGCAGGCAUAUCUCAGAGUCCUGUUCUGCAAAUGCUUUGUAUACAACCAUUAAAAGUGAAGAGAGAUCCAGCAACACAUGGAUGGCAGUAUGCCCUCUGGAGAAUUGUUCUCCAUCCUACUUCAGAUCCCGAGAAGCCAAUACCCGUAACAAACUGUGUGCCUUAUCAAGUAUUGAAUCUAAAGAUGUGCCUCGUGAAAAGAAGUAUCUUAUGUCAAGUCCAAAUUUAAAUUUCUUCACAUCUGAUAAAAAGUCAGAAAGUGCUGUGAUCCAAUCUCCUGUGCCAAAGAGAUUACCUUUGAGUGAAAAAGGAUGGAAGCAGUCACCGGGGUACAAAGCUGACAAUGUGCAUGACGUGAGCUUGAUCUGUGAAGAAGACCUACUGACAACUGUUUUCUGUGCAUGUGACAUAGAGCAUACAGGAAAAGUAGCAGUUUCCAACAUAGUUGACUUUUUGAGACAUACAACUAGUCGGGGCUCGGAAGAUAGUGGUCUUGAAGAGCUGUGCAACAUGCUUGACCCAGAUCAGAAAGAUGUCUCUAUUGACCUGGAAACAUAUCAUGCCAUCAUGAAAGAGUGGAUUGAAGACUGUAAGAGAAAAUGGGAGGAUGGUGCCACCGAGGAAUCAACAGCAAGCAUGGAAGACCCGGAACUUAAAGUACAUAAAAAUGUCUCUGAAGCAAAGAAGAUGCAUGUCCAGAUGAAUGUUACAUCAGGAAGCUUGGAGGCCUUUGGGGGUGAUGUGUCUAAAGGAGACAUGGAGACUUCUGACUUGAUAACCUGUGUUGCGGACCUGCAGUAUAAGAACCAGAAGCUUCAGGAAGAGAACACAAAGAUGAAGCUCACAUUGGAAGCUGUGGAUGAGACCAACAAUAAGCUACUGGCAGAUAAUGAGGAUCUGCAUCAACAAAUAAAAAGCAUCCGGUAUUCCGUGCUGAGAGCCAAAUCAUUGGAAGAAGAACUAGAAGAUGCAAAAAACAACCUGAACCUGUCAGAAGAGAAGAGACAACAGAUUCUCUGCCAGAAUAAACAGCUAGAAAAAGAGAAUCGGUCUCUCAUCGUCAAAAUUACUUCUCUGCAGGAAGAGGCUACUAGGAAUAGCAUGGACACUGAUGAACUUCAAAAGAAGAUUUUGGAGCUGUCUAAAAAUGCAGCGGAGCUUCAAAUCCAAGCACAUACCUAUGAGAACACUUUGGUGAAUAAAGAGGCAAGCUUGAUCCAGAAGGAGCAAGACAUCAAAGAACUGAAGUUAACCAUUGUGGAGUGUUCCUCAGUAAUAGAGACUUUGCGGGCAGAAAAAAAUAAGCUACUGGAAAACAUGCAACACAUGCAGCAAGAGCUGAUCUUAAAUGGGUUGAGUCUCCCAUUGUUCUACAAAUUUAACAGUAAUAUUCCUGAAGGGAUGAAUUCACUGCACUGUGAACUGGAACUUGCUCAGUCUUCUGAGAUUACCGAGACUGAAUGGACAUCCGUGGAUGAAAUGCUGGACCGUGAAGUGCUGGUUUUACUUCAUGGACCUGAAUACGCAGGAGAAAAAUUUAAGACUCUCAUGCAAAAGCUGCAAGAGGAAGCCUCUGAAGCAGAGGAGCUUGUUAUGACUUCUUUACAAGGGGUAAAAGAUCCUGAUGUGAACACGCAACAGCUCUGGGAAAGAAAACUUGUGGUUCUCAGGCAAGAACUAGGAGAAAAAAGACACCUUUGGAUCCAGAAACUUCAUCUCUUGGAAAAAUACAAAGAAGCCCUAGAAAAGGACUUUAUUCGGAUGGCAGGCAACCUGAGGAGAACCAAGACAGAGCAAUUCUACCUAAGGAAAGAGCUCUCUGCCAGGCAGUGUGAGAUAGAAACUGUGAAACAGCUACACGAAGAAACUGCUGGCCAGGCAGAAGCCCUUGGUUUAGAGCUGCAAAAGGCUACAAAGCAGCUUGAGGAUGCCAGCAAACAGGCAGAGGAUCAAGUUGAAGCCUUUCACUCUGCUUGUGAGGAAGCCGCGUCCUUGAAAUGCAAGUUAGAGGAAGCCAUUUCUGAGCAGCAGAAACUCAAGGAUGUGAAUGCAGCUUUAACAAGCACUUGCCAGUUUCUUCAAGAAAAGGUGGAAGACCAGAAAACAACUGUUAAUACGCUAAGAUGGGAGCUGCUUCAAAGGCAACUCUGCGAAUUGCUGUGUCAGUGCUGUGCAGAGUUAAAAUCUGACUGCAGUCUGCUGCCCACAUCAGCUGAGCCGGUAAAAGGGAAGCAGCUCCAUUGCUCGAAACGACUGUGGAGUGAAGGACCCCCCUUGUGCACUGAACUUCCCAGGACACUGUCCUCAGGUACUUCAUACUGGCGUGGUACGCUUCUGCUAGAUGCUCUGACCUUGGAAACCUCAUGCCCAAAUAACUCUCCUGUGCACGGCUGGGAUUGGCCUUGCGGACAGAGCUCUGGCAUCCGCACGGUUGGAAGCUGCAAUCUGGGACACGCGUCCACUUCAGAUGUGAUGUCAGCAGGGUGCAAGUGGAAAACAUGCCCUGCUGGUAACUAUACUGAUGCAGACCUUCCUGUUUCCAUUACAACGAUGGACUCUUCGCUUACUGAGAUCGACAGUGCAGAGCCAACGUUACCAGCCAGUCUGAUCCCAUCCAGUGAUCACUUAACGUCACCCCGAGAAGUUCUUACAUCCUCUUUGGAAAGCACUGCCCCAGUAACAGCCUGCCUUGUGAUGGAGGAAAAAUCACCCAAGUGCUCACGUGAAAAGGAGGAAGAUGUGCCAACUUCCGUAGCAGUGGAGAAAAACAACAAUAAGGAUCCGGCUGGUCCCGUGUCAGGAGCGCAUCUGACCGAGAAGGAAAUCUGCCCUGUGGUGGAAGAACACAAAACCACAUUUCAAAACGUUUUAAAGCAAGACUCGAAGGUGGACCAGGAAAAGAAAAAUAAUAAAGAGCAGAGUGAAGAAGCACCGGCUGUGGUUCCCAGUAGGAAAGGGAGUUCACCCUCUGUAGGUGGCGUGAAGGGAGAUAAAUCAAAGCAAAAUGAACCUGAGUCUCCUAAUGAGAAAGAAGUGGAGGCUGAAUUUCUGAGGUUGUCUUUAGGUUUUAAAUGUGACUUGUUUACCUUGGACAAGAGAGUGAGGCUUGAAGAAAGGUCCCGAGACUUAGCUGAAGAAAACUUGAAAAAGGAGAUCACGAAUGCUCUAAAGAUGUUAGAGGCUUUAGUUCCUUUGUGUGAAGAAGAUAACCAAGCGCAGGAAAUCAUUAAGAAGCUGCAGAAAAGCUUGCAGUUCCUUGGCCAGUAUGCAGCCCGAGUUGCCAGUAGAGCAGAGAUGUUGGGAGCUAUUAAUCAGGAGAGCCGUGUCAGCAAGGCUGUGGAAGUAAUGAUUCAACACGUGGAAAACCUGAAGCGCAUGUACACAAAAGAACAUGCAGAACUUGAGGAGCUGAAACAGGUCCUGCUCCAGAACGAGAGAUCCUUUAGUUCUCUUGGAGAUCGAGAUGAAUCUACGAAUAAAAAGCUACCAAAUUCUUUUAACUUUAAGCCAUCAUCAUCCCUACGAAGAGUUAGCAUUGCAGCGUUGCCUAGGAGUGUUGGAAAUGCAGGUAUUGGGUUGCCGCUGGCCCAACUCCACGAACCUGAUGGCGAUGAACAGAGCGAUAAGCUCAACAGGAGAUCAAGCAGUUGGGGGCGACUGGGAGCAAAGCAAAAUGAGAAGCGUCCUUCACUACAGCGGUUCAUUAGCGCGUAUUCUUGGGCGGAGUACGGAGAUGAACAUCCUGAAACAAAACAUGAGCAGUCGGAAUCACCUGCUGAAGCACAGGAAGAACUGUCAAGGAAGGAAAGUGUGUCUGAAAAAGGAAAAUAUUCAUCAAAAUGGAACCUAGAGUCAGUGUGGAAUUUAAUGUCAUCAUGGGCAUCCCAUUUCAAGGCCUCCUUUUCCAAUGCGAACAAAACUCUCUGGGUUUCUGUUUCCAUUCUGGUACUGCUUGCUGCUCUUACAAGCUUCCUCACAGGGCUGUCUCUUCAAAGACCAGCAUACGCAGCACAUGUUGGAACUGGGGACUCCUGGAAUUCACUACAGCAACUGUUCUGGCCAUAUAUAGAACUUCGACACAAUGGACCACCCCCAGUAUAACAAAGGUUCUGACUUUUGUAGUUAUACUUCCAAGUUCUGGAUGACAGUCUGAGAAGUUGAGAUAGUACACUUAAGGUUAUAUAUUGGGGUGUGUUUUGGGAGAU